UGUAACUUUGCUGCCUCGGUCGCCGCGGUCCCCGGGGAGCGGGCUCCGGCGCUCGCUCCCAUUGGCCGCCGCCGCGUCAGCUGGUGCGAUUUGCUGCUGUCGCUUUUGGCGUUCGGCCAUCCAGAAACAAACCAGUUCGAUGACUACUAAUAGUUAUAGCCAGAUGUACUAAUACACAACAAAUCACAGUCCUGCAGAGGGGCGCGCAAAUGAGUUCCUAUUUUGUGAAUCCCACUUUCCCCGGGAGCCUGCCUAGCGGCCAGGACUCCUUCUUGGGCCAGCUGCCCCUCUACCCGGCCGGCUAUGACGCGCUAAGGCCCUUCCCGGCCUCGUAUGGGGCGUCGAGCCUCCCGGACAAGACGUACACCUCACCUUGUUUCUACCAACAGUCCAACUCCGUCCUGGCCUGCAACCGGGCGUCCUACGAGUACGGGGCCUCGUGUUUCUAUUCUGAUAAGGACCUCAGUGGCGCCUCGCCCUCGGGCAGUGGCAAGCAGAGGGGCCCCGGGGACUACCUGCACUUUUCUCCCGAGCAGCAGUACAAACCCGACAGCAGCAGCGUGCCGGGCAAAGCCCUCCAUGACGAAGGCACCGACCGGAAGUACACGAGCCCUGUUUACCCCUGGAUGCAGCGGAUGAACUCCUGCGCGGGUGCUGUGUACGGGAGUCACGGGCGCCGAGGCCGCCAGACCUACACGCGCUACCAGACGCUGGAGCUGGAGAAGGAGUUCCACUUCAACCGCUACCUGACGCGGCGCCGCCGCAUCGAGAUCGCCAACGCGCUCUGCCUCACCGAGCGCCAGAUCAAAAUCUGGUUCCAGAACCGCCGCAUGAAGUGGAAAAAGGAAAAUAAACUCAUCAAUUCCACACAGCCCAGCGGGGAAGACGCUGAGGCAAAGGCGGGCGAGUAGA